ACACCUUGUGUGCUGACUGACAAGUUAGUAUUAAAUCACAACAGGAAAUUGAAUGAAUGAACAAUCUAGGAGUGUUGUUUCCAUGAGAUUUAAGCACAGCAGAGAGAAGACACAGUCCUUCUCACAUGAAUUAAAGGAGGAGCCUCAUAACAAACCAACAAAGGGAGGAGCACAGACUGGUCUGGUAGGACGAAUCUCUGACAUUCAGACCAGGAACUGCGGAAUUCAGCUUUUAGGGUUUUUCUCAAGGAACAUUUUGGAUCCCUCCUGGAAGACACCAUGGAUAACUUCCAGACUGUUUUGCGUUUCUUCAUGAACCAAAAAGCCACCAUUGGUUACAGUUUUAUGGCGAUCCUAACUAUUGGUGGGGAGCGUAUUUUCUCCAUGGUUUCAUUUCAGUGCCCAUGUAACCAUGAUCAGAAUUUUGCAUAUGGGCUGACUUUUCUCCUGGGUCCGGCUGUGGUGCUUUUGGUUUUUAGCCUGUUCUUCAGCACCAGGCUGUGGAGGCUUUACACUGGCUGCUGCCUUAACCCUAUGAAGCUUUGUCCUCGUGGGAACUGCCUCGGCUGCUUCAGGGUGUUGCUGAGCAUCAUAACUGGUGCUUUUGUGGCUCCUAUUAUGUGGCUGUCUGUGGCUUUGCUCAAUGGGACCUUUUAUGAAUGUGCCAUCAGCGGUCUGGAUGACAACCUGGUUGUGGAUCUGUUCUGUAAAAACAAGACGAUGAAGUGUCGGGAGGAGCUCGCUAGGGUGCCCUGUGACCGUUCCGAACUGUCCAAGCAGGAACGAAUGGAGCUGCUGCUGAUGUUCAGGGCUCAGUCACAAAUCUUGGGCUGGAGCAUCAUUAUCAUCGCUGUUAUUCUAGGUCUCUUGGGUACCUGCUGCAAAAACUGUCGCUCUAAGGUCAGCUACCUGCAGCUUACAUUCUGGAAGCGUUAUGUUGAGAAGGAGAAGGAACGCUUUGAUGCCUUCACUGUGGACUAUGCUACUAAACUGGCUGAAAGAAACUUGCAGAGCUUUUUUGAGGACAAGGAACCUAAUGUCAUGCCCUUCCCUAAUCACAAGGCAUGGGAGGAGAUCUCUGAAUACUACUCAUUUUCCAAGAGUGAACAGUAUUACAGUACUCUUCACCGCUAUGUGGAGAAAACAGACAGGGAUUACGAACCAGAAAAAAGACCUGUCCUUGAGGUAGAGGAUGGGAUAGAGAUGACUUAACCAGAACUCCACUGGAAAGGAAAGCAAGGAAAACACAUUUACAAAUAAUGUUAUUGAAGACACACAUACGCUUUACUGAUGAUGAUGAUGAUUAUAAACUUUUUAAAGCAAGUCACAGUAGACAUCAAAUUAAAUGUUGAUACUACUGGCUUUUCUUGACAAUCUAACCUGCCAGAGCUGAAAUAAUUUUUUUAAACUAAAUAUUAGGUUUCCACCUUAUUAACCAUCCCUCUGUCCGUCCCUCCAUCCAUCCAUCUUCUCCCACUUACUCCUUCAGGGUGGUGGUGGGGCAGAUGCCGGCAGUCUGUGGGCGAGAGGCGGGGUCCACCCCGGACAGGUAGCUAGUCUGUCGCAGGGAAACAGAAAGACGCACAAUGACGUACUACCGUGCACACAAACUCACACCUAAGGAACUUUAUUAUCUUUAGCCUCUAUAAGGUUUUUUUUUUCUGCUCGAAAACGACACUAAAUUCGAGUGGGUAAAACUGAGCAAAUAGUGCAAUAAAGGAACUAAAGUUUAGAUUAUAUGUUUAAUUUUUUAUUGUGUAUUUUAAAGUAAGGAGGAAAAUGCAUAAACAUAAAACUUAAUUUUAUUCAAUAGUUUACUCAGCCAGCAUGAAAAUAUUUAUAAAAAAAAAUACUAUAUACUCUUUUUUAUGAUAUGAUAAAAGGGAGAACCAUCUCUGCUCUCCUCUACACAUCGUACUUUAAAAUGGUACCAUCUGGAUACAUAAGUAACUUAAAAACUACUUAACAUUUUAAAGGUGAAAUACAUCUGAGCAUUGUCCGAAUGUUUAAUAGAUGUUUACACUGCACUUAUUAGAUGUUAGGUUUAUAAGUAAAUGCCUACAAUUAAUUUAUUAGAAAAUUCUAAAUGCAGUCCAGCUUGAAGCAAAAUUCAGUGGCAUUCAAAAAUAAAACUGCUAUGAAAUCAAUAUUUCUUUAACCAUAUUCCUGUGUUCACCUGACCUAUUUUUAUUUUAUUUUUUUGUGGUAAGGUCACCCAAAGGCUGCUCAGGUGCUAAAGUCAUAUAGAGAUGGUCAUCUACCAGGUCGCAUCUGUUUUAUGUGGAAAACAAUACCUAAAAGUUUGCAUCUGAUGUAUGAUUAUUUAAUUACAAGUAAAACAUGUGAAACCGAUUUUUAAACAGUCUUUUAAGAAGCUUUAAAUCCUAUGAUAGAAUGGCUCAGGAAUGAAGAAACCAAAUGACUAAUAUCAUUCAGCUAAACUGUAACUGUAGUAAAUGUAAGGAGGGUUUACAUUUUUUUUCUCCAACCCACUGCAAAGUAGAGAAAUUCACUUCAAUUCAGUCCAUUUCAGUUUAUAUAUUUAGCGCCAAUUCACAACACAUUGCAUCUCAACGCACAGAUUGGUUAAAAGUUUCUAUCUAUGAAAACCAGAUGAUUGCAUCCAGUCAUUGGAUUAACAUGCUGUAAUGAUUUUUGUUUGCAUUUUGUCAUUGGCUCUUCAGCAAUCCCCUCACACUGAUCAUGCUUGUAGCGACAGUGAGGAGGAAAACUCCCAUUUACACAGGAAGAGACCUGCAGCAGAACCAGGCUCAGUGUGAGCCGUCUGCUGGGGUUCAGGGAAAUCAAAGCAGACAUACAGAAA